UUUAAAAAUUACUAUUCCAUUAUUGAAGAAUGCUAUCCAUUCUUUCGAUUAUUUUUCCAUUACACCCAUUACAUCCAUUUCAAAAAAUCACAAUAUCAAUAUCUAUUUAGUAUGUAAGAAAGUAGUAAGGGUUUGAUCACACAUAUACACACAUAAAUUAAAAACAAUUUGCAAAUGAAUUGAAUGAAGCUGCGUUAGCAAACACUUUGCUCACAAAAAUUGAGAUUUGGUAGUAGUAGUAGUGGCAGAGCAGAGCAACGAAGGAAUCAUCGUUGGAUACACACAAUCGCAUAAACGUUGCAUCGACAACAUGGCUCAGCACACGAUCAACAGAGAUAGCGAGCCAAAGAAAGGGAGAGAUUACUUAGCACAUUGUGGCCCAAUAUGUCCGACACAUCAAGUGGUGACGACGAUGAUGGAGACGAGGAAUGUGGGGUGGAGCGCGGAAAUGUGGUUUCAAACCUAGCGAACAAUCAACCAGUUGUUCGAUUGGAAAGGAUGAGCAGAGAUUUGUUACGGCAAUGGAAUGUACCGCGGCCAAAUGUGACACAACAAACACCAGCACGCCGUUCAAAACGUGUACAAACUGUACCGUCUGUCGCUCGUUCUUCUCAGCCACAAGAUAGUAGUGACGAUGAACCAUUAGCGGCUAAAAUAAGACGGACUACACAGCCAUCUAAUUCGGUUUCAAACCUAGCGAACAAUCAGCCAGUUGUUCGAUUACAAAGAAUGAGCAAUGAUUUGUUGCGCCAAUGGAAUGUACCGCGGCCAAGUGUGACACAACAAACACCAGCACGCCGUUCAAAACGUGUGCAAACUGUACCGUCUAUCGCUCGUCCUUUAGUAUCUGAACCACCGCCAAGUCGGCCAGUUUUGAGACCAGCCAUGCGAGACGAACCAUCUACUUCACGUGGUUUGACCUCUGCGCCACGGCCGUCAUCGUCACGUUUCACACAACAAACACCGGCACGCCGUUCAAAACGUGUACAAACUGUACCGUCUGUCGCUCGUUCGUUAGUUCAAAGUCCGGCCAUUCCAUCGACAUCGGCUGCACCGGCUGGAGCACCAUUACAACCGCUCCGUAAUGAACGAGUGUGUCGCCGCAAAGGUGAACAAUCGGAUCCGAACCAAGAGACAUUCACGAUCAAAAUGUCUCUGCGGUCAUUUUUGAGAAACGGUCCGAAUGAUCCAACUCGUAUUGGUGGUAAACGAAACAAAGAUCAAAUGGAUGCAGCGAAUGCUGACAACGCCAACAAUAGAGAAAGUGAUAUGAAACGCCGAUUAAUGGCAAUCAUUGAUAAUGCUGUGAUUGAGAUGUCCGACUUGACGCGAUUAUCGGCAUACUAUGUGCACAACGAAUUGAAUCGUUUGGUCGAUAGCAACAACGAUGCAGCAAUCCGUGCAGAAUUUUUAGCACCUUUCGAUGCACACAAAUAUUUUUUCGCCCUAAAACAUUGCCAAGCUAACGUCAAUUGUCCAUUAAAUCCAGUGUUUGCACAAUAUCUAAGGGAUAAGAACAGUCCAGUUCAGCCACACAUUAACAACUUAACUCACCCGAUUAGCUUUGCUUACCAACAGUCCGCCACAAACAUGCGAAAUAACACAAAUAUGCAUGGCAACGAUCACAUUCGCAAUUAUUUCAAGCGUAAAAACAUUAUGGAACAGGAGAUUGAUGUGUUGAUGGAUUAUUUGCAAUACGAAGAUUCGGAAGUCGAGCUGUAUGACGGCACUCGCGCGCAUUUAACCGAAUACUACGAUGAGCUGCAUCCAUUGUUGCCACUCGACCGUAUCGCUCUGUACGAAAAUGAUCCUGAAAAUGUUGUGUUCCAAGACGACCAUCUCAUACCACGUGGCUGGUUGUGGACUACAACAGACGAUACCAAGUACUAUAAACACGUGCACGAGCUGAUCCAUUUACAGCGUUGGAUUCAACAGCACAAUGUGGCCAAUCCAAAUGAGCAGUGGCGGUCGUUUCGUGCCAUCCCGCAAUCGAAGAACAAACGCAAACAUGUUCAAUUCGAUACGGAAGGUUUCAUCGACAUGACAAAUUUAUUGUAUGCCCGCAGAGAAGAUAAAGUAAGAAGAAGUGACAAACCAAAUUGGGAUAACAAUGAUUAUGAUACGUUUUGGAAUCGGUAUGUAAAUUUGCGGAAAAUAAAUCGUAACGGACAAAUUUUCGGCAACUAUUUUACGACCGACGGUGUGACAGCAUGCCUGAGAAUGAUUCGUCGAAAGCGUGACGCGACGAGUGCACCGACCAAAACGAGUAAGAAAAAUAAUAAGAAGAAAAAGGGCAAGAAACAGUACGAGAAGAAAGAACCACCAAAAUGUCCGGAAGACAUUAAAGCUGCGUUUCGAGCUGGUCAAAUCACAAAGAUCAUUGGAGAUGAUCCGGGCGCCAAAGUAUCACGAUCGACAACAAGCCGUGAUCUGAAGAGUACACUCGAAUGGAGCUAUAAAUUGACAGCGAAACAGUGGUAUGCCAAAUCGGGUGCACGUAAUCGCAAGCACAGAUUGAGACGAUACACGGGCGUUUUGGAAGAUGAAUUGCAGCAAAAGCGGAAUGAUUUACACGCACUUUAUGGCGAACAACCAUCGAGCAAAAGCGCAAAUCACCAGCUAUAUUUGGAAUACAAUUUGGAUUCCUUUAUGGCAUCACGUCAAGUGCAUUACCAACGGCGUGUGGCCCGACUAGAGCUGGACAAGCAUAUCAGACGUCAAGUUGCCGCACAUCAAGUGGCCCGUGAUAUGACUCUACUCGAAAAAGAAAUUCCAAAAGCACAACAGACCAUCGUGUAUGCAUUGGGUGACGCAAAAAUCGGUGCAAAUUCGCCGAUAAAGGGACACUGCAGAACACCACAGGCCUUCAUAACACAUACCAUUGAUCGAUAUUGUCGCAUAAUGGCAGUUCAUGAGCCAGGAACAUCGAUGCUCUGUAGUCGUGAUCAUGAUAUCUUAGACCAACCAUUGCACCGCGAAAGACCGGAGAAUAUGAAUCCAAAGGAUCGUUUCUUAGUUUGCAACAACUGCGAACCGGCCCUUAACCAUGUUCUCCCACCACCAAAUGAGUGGAUAGGCAAAAUUCAUCAUACAUUCCGAUCAAAACAUCGCCUUGAAUUGGAACCGAAUCUCAAGCAUUAUGGACAUUCUAUCGCGAAUCAACAAUACAAUGGACGCAAGCAAACUAUUGUUUUUGACCGUGAUCUGAAUGCAUCACGCAACAUGAUAUACAAAUCAUUGUGUAUGAUACAAGAUAUUCCAAUCAAUGGUGAUUUCAAUCGGAGUGCUGCCUAUUUACGACAACGGGCGGCUAAUGCUGCCGCUCAUUAAAUGAAUAUCCUCCUCGGCCGUCUCCCGUAGUUUACUCCGUCUAAGAGUAAUUUACGUGUGUGAGUAGUGGCCUUGGCACCAAGUGCUAUUCUAUAGCACAUUUACGUAGCCAUUCAAUUCAAUCUCGACUUCAAUGUUCAAUGUGUGAUAGAACAUUUACUCAGAACGGCCACCGAAAUGCACACAUUCGUCAAGUGCAUAAUGUCGAACCAAACACAAAUAUCACUGAUGACCAACAUAAAUCAAUUGACAAUGAAUAUUCAUGUAAAACGUGCGAGCGCAAUUUCAAUUCAAUUAUAGAUUUAGAUGACCAUAUGAAAGUUCACAUUACAAAUGACCGCUUAUGCAAAAUAUGUAGCCGUGUUGUUGCAACCGGAUGCAUAACAUCGCACCUACGAACACAUGCAUAUACUGGAUGGAAAAAACACAACUGCACUAUUUGUUACACUUCAUUCAUACGCAAAGAUCACCUUGAAGAGCAUCUAAAUCUUCAUCCAGGAUAUAAAAAACCCUAUCAAUGUUCUGUAGAAGAAUGCGACGAAGCUUUCUUUUCAACUGCUGCAUACAAAAGGCACAUGAAAAUACAUUCAAAUCCAAACGAGAGCUCGAAUGAAGAUGUAAAUAAAACAAUAUUAUGUUCGAUGUGUGGCAAGCAAAUACGAAUGAAAAAUAUUGUACUUCAUAUGCGAGUGCAUUCCAAUUAUAAACCACAUAAGUGUUCAUUUUGCCCACUAAGUUUUACGCAAAAAUCAAAUUUGAAUACACAUAUAAGAGGAAUACACACGGAAGAAAAACCAUAUCGAUGUGAACCUUGCUCAAAAUCAUUUCAUUCUGCUUGUGCAUUAAACUCACAUAAACGACGUCACAAAACCGAAUCAGGUGCAACUUUGAAAUGAAGCUAAUAUAAGUUUUAUGAAAAGCAGUUUUUUACAUAGUAUAAAUAAAUGUUAAUAAAGUGUUAAUUUUGAAGA